GUUAGUUUUCUGAAACCUUCUUUCUCCGUUGGUUCCUGGUUCCUGUUUGGUUGAGUAUCCCACAGCUGAUCCAGUAUAGAACCUACACACAGGAGAGACAGGAGGAGAUAUAUCUUUACCUGCGGAAACCUAAACCACCGGAUACAACCAAUACUACACAAGAAUUUGUAUACACAGUGUUUAACCAAUCCCGUGAUCAUUGUUUAGUGUUUUGGACUGAUUUUAAACCAUCAGGAUGCAUUGAAACCAAGCUUUAUACAGUAAUUUUAGAAUUGGUACAGGGAAGGUUGAACACGUUUGCUCUGAAUGAUUUGGUUCCGUCACCACAUCCAUGGCCUGCUCCGCCAGCCAUAGUAAGGGAUCCGGACACGGUUCAAGCCACGGCUCUGGGUUAAUAGUUGGACCCAACGCCUGGCUUCAGAGAAAAGUUCAUCUCCGUCCUCAGCAUAGAGGAGUUCAUCUAGUUACUGAGGAAAUACUCCGAGGGUUGCCGGAGCUUUCUCAGUUCUCCGUUGGGUUAAUGCACAUCCAGCUCCUCCACACCUCCGCCAGCCUCGCCAUCAACGAGAAUUGGGAUCCCGACGUCAGGGACGACAUGGAGAUGAUGCUGAACAGAAUAGUUCCAGAAGAUAUGCCCUUCAGACACUCCUGUGAGGGUCCAGAUGAUAUGCCUGCACAUGUGAAAGCCUGUUUUCUUGGAUCCAACCUGACAGUGCCUGUAUCCGAUGGUAAACUGAACCUAGGAACCUGGCAGGGGGUCUGGCUCUGCGAACACAGAGACCGAGCAGGCUCUAGAAAGGUUCUGGUUACUAUAAAUGGAUGUUUGAAAGAUCCAGAUCGAACCCCUCUCUCUCCUACCUCUCCUAUUGCAUCAACAAGUAGCUAGAUAAAUAAAAGUGACUGAUUGAUCCAUGAGCAGGACUCAAACAAUUUUCUUUCUUGAAAGGAUCACCUAGUAAAAUGUGUGCCGCGUUCAAUGUUCAAGACAUUAGUGUGCGCAUGCACUGUGCCGUUUUCCCGCUAUAACAAAGCGCGGCAAUUCUGAAAAUUUGGCGAUGGAUUAUUAGUGAUUUAAAAUAAUGGAAUUUUGUGUCAAUUCCUGAAACCAAAGAAUAUGUUGAAAUGUGUAUAUUAUUCGCCAAAACAGAUAAAAACUCUGUUUUGGUCGGAUGUUGUUGAUAAAACUUGUUUAAAGAAUUCAUGCACGCAAGCUAGAAUUCAGUUGAUCAUUAAAAACAUUUUGUUCUGUUUUAGACCAAUGGUAGAAUUACAUGAAUUUAUUUUUAUAAGAGUUUAGAGAACGAAAAAUCAAACGCACAUCCCCGUUUAUCUUUAAUAUUGCUCAUAUUGUCGUUGUUUCACGAGCCCCCCCCCCACCCUCUUCUUUGGAGUUUAUGACCUUCAUUGUUAAUCUUCUAGUUUUCAGAUAUUUUCUCGUUAAUCAUGUUCUAGAUGUAAGUAGUGAACGUAUUUCAACUUUUUAACGUUCUUCCACAAUUGUUCCAAAUAUGAUUUAAGUUCUUCCAGUUCCACAGGCUACCCACACAUCCACGUACACCAACAAUUUUCUCAAAAAACAUUUCUCGUAAAAUUUAUUUGUUUUGUAAGUAUGUGAAGUUCUUCCAAAAUGUUUACGUCGUCAUGAACUAUUCCAAUGUUCUGGUUCCUGAAAUAGAUUCUCAACCAUCAAAACUAUGUUUUCAGAACUUCUUACAAUUUACAUUAUAACAAAAAUACAUUAUUUAAAUAAACCGGUUUGUUAU